GGGAGAAGAAAGAUUUGGAGCAGAGAAUGGAGAGCGCCUAUGCUCCUCGGCCCAUCCCUAGCAAGCGGCCGACGCGAAAGGAUACGCCGCUGUCUCACGGUCUGGAUCCAUUCGUGUGGGAUCCGCCAAAUCCAGAACUGGGUGGAGGCACUUGGAUUCCUCCCACGCCGCCGCCUCUACCGGGUUGCAACGAGAACGGGGUUGUAGAGAUCACUGAGGGGCUGAUUGGAUCGAAAUCCAGGGGCCAGAGCCCCGCUUCCUUCCAGAAUUUGCUGUUCGCAAGCAGGGACAAGGAAUCGCUGCUCGAGGAGAUCAUCCAGUUGAAGAGAAUGCUCAUCGAUCAGGCUUUCUAUUUGAAGCGGGACAAAGUUCACGCUUCUGCCGUCCAAAUCGAGAACAAAACUGCAGGAAGCUCGAGAAUGAUAUCAAGGACAUGGAGAUGCAAGGAAACAUGGGCACAAAGUCGAGUGGAUCGUCUCGAGUGAGGCUUAAGCUCCAAGGCACGGAAUGAAGUCACAGUUCGAGGAGCUGCAAAAUAUUUGUGAUAGCCAGCACGAAGAGAUCACGCUCUUGAGAAGGGACGUAAGGAUAUCACACCAAAGAGAAAUAGAGAUGGAAAAAGAUGUGUUUGUAGAGGAGAUCGCCAAACUCCAAAAGGAUGUGAAAAAGCUAAAGCUGGUGCACAGCCAGCUUUGUUGCGAGACCAAAGAUCUGUGCUGCAUGAGGGACAAAGCGGGCGACAUGGAAGUCUUGAAUUAUCAUCUAGAAAACUGCAUGGAGGUUGUUCUUAAAGCCUUGGACAAGGCAAAUCGCGAAAUUGUAGCUCACAGACAAAAGCUAACAGAGUCGAGCCUUCUCGCCAAGAGAAGCUCGAAGAGAUGCAAGGAUUUGGAGGACCAGAUCACGCUGGCCAAGGAUUGCCUGGAGAAAGAAAAGCUGGAAAAGAAAAACCUGGAGGAGAAGCGCGUUUGCCUGGAAGCGGAGCUUGUCACAGUCGAGGAGAAGCUCAACGCCAGAGGCCUCAGCUUGUACCCCGCAACUCCAAGUCCGGAUAAACUCGCCGGUUCCAAACCAAACAGCCCGAGGUCUGCUAGAACAGUAUGACAACUUCUUCUACUACGUUGGUAGCUGGCUCGAUCGUUGUCCCAAGUUUUUUUUCCCAGGACGAUAUAAGAACGUAGAUGGUUCUUGUUUC